CACGUUUCUUUCUACGUUUUCAAACUGCCAUCCUAAAUUCCCAUCCUCAGUAUAAAUUUUGUCUUCUAAAUUCUUCAGCCUGCUGGAAAAUCCACAGAUGUCUUCACUUGAAGUAAAAAUAAUAAUGGAGUCUGAAACAAGAUCAUCAUCAAGAUCCUCACUGUUUCAUGCAGUCUUCACAAUCUGUGCGAUUCUUCUGUCUGUGAUAAUCAUGCUUGGCUUCAUCAGUUCAUCCUCUUUGUCAUCAUCAUUGAGCUUCAGAUCCUAUAAUCUGCUUCCGGGACGAGUUUGUGAUGAAAUCUACGUUGUUAGAGAAGGCGAAACUCUUCACACCAUCAGUGAUAAAUGCGGCGACCCCUUCAUCGUCGAACACAAUCCUCACAUUCAUGAUCCUGAUGAUGUCUUUCCUGGCCUUGUUAUCAAGAUCACCCCAGCAACAACAAGUUCUCAUUCUUAUAUGAAUUGAUUUUUCUUUAUUGAUUAUUAAAUUUUUAUUUUUUUUUUUCUGUUAGUUUGAUGUUUUCUUGUGUGUUUUUGGACCUGAAAAAAGAUGCAUCAUCCCAUUCAUUAGC